ACUGGUCGUUCCCGGAUAUUUUUAUCCCCAACGAUUCCUCUCUCGUUUGCUGGCAACCCGCGGCGACCUCCUCCGCCGGCGUUCCAGCGACGUCGUCGGCGUGGUUCUUGCCGGGAUUAGCAUUCCGGCGACAAAACGAUCUGCUCACAACCUGUAUCUUAUUUUAACACUGAUACGGGAACGAGAAACUUUUUGGUGGAGCUGUCAAGUGGCAUGCCAAUUACCCUUAUUACUUGGGCUGCAAUGAACCGAGCUGCUCACUAAAAGCACUUACAGGUUCAUUUGUGUAUGGCAUCAGAAGAGUUAAACAGAGAUUUUUCAGCCCUGCAUAUUAGUACAGAGCCCAAUGCAAUGGGAAAGGCUCACUGGAAAAUCAAGCAGUGGAAAGGGAUGUACAGAUCACAUGUUUUACUGAGGAUUUGCAUGAUCUCACACUUCACUUUCAGAUCAUAAGGCUCACAAAGCAGUCGUGCAGAUCUAUAUAUGGAUUGGAUGCAACUCCGCAAGGUUUCGGCAUUUAUAUGCUGCUGCAACUGCUAGACUGUCAGCUACGUACUCUUAUGAUACUAUUGUAGUUGUUUUCUCUUCAAAUAUCCGGCGUUUAUUCUGAUAAAUGAGAUUUGGCAGAACAAUGAAGUGGGUGUUCUUUGAUUGGGGGCAGUUCUGACAACACUGGGUCCGGCAUUGCUCAUCAUUUAAUACCGAGGACUGAUCUUAGCAUAGUUCUGGCAUGCAAUAUACCAACAGACAGCCCCAUGCUUGAGGAGAUGCCUCCAGCGUCCAUUUUUUUUCCAGCAUCAAAUGGUCGGAUGUCGUUGGAUCUGCGCAGGAUCCCGACCGUAGGCUUCCAAUCCACUACUUCCCAUUUAAGAUUAGCCAUGACGUGGUAUCGCUAUCAGAAGCCGACGCCGGUCUUCCCGUGUCUCCGAUGGAAUUCGGAACACGGUGAGUUCUCGUAGCCACAAUGGCUAUCUGGUUCCUGAGGUCGAGGUUAGCCCAUCAUCUUGGACAAAGGAUUGGUUCUUUGGAUGCUCUGAAACUGAGCUCUUGGGCUUCAUCUCUGCACCCAUGGAUUCCUCCUUCCCUGGAUAGCAGCGAUGAUAGAUACGCUUCGAAGUUUCUGAGGAAUCCAAUGGAUCUUUAUGCAGCUCGGCGUUUCAGGUCGGCGAAAGCUCAAGAGAGUGUGCCGGUGGUGACUGAUGGCAGUAAUCAGGUCAUGGAUUUUCCUGGUGGAAAGGUUAUGUUUGUUCCUGAACUUAGAUUCCUAGCCGAGUCUCCAGGAGAGCGAAUCAGCUGCUACCGUAUUCUUGAUGAUGAUGGAAAGACAAUCUCUGGCAGCAGUUUCCAAGAGGUCAGCAAGGAAAUUGCUCUGAAAAUGUACAGUGACAUGGUCACCCUACAAAUUAUGGAUACUAUAUUCUAUGAAGCUCAGAGGCAAGGAAGAAUCUCCUUCUAUCUUACCACGAUCGGAGAAGAAGCCAUAAAUAUUGCAUCAGCUGCUGCCCUCACGAUCGAUGAUAUUGUCUUUCCACAGUACAGGGAACCUGGUGUCCUUCUAUGGCGUGGCUUCACCUUGCAAGAAUUUGCAAACCAGUGCUUUGGCAACAAGUUAGAUUACGGUAAAGGGCGACAGAUGCCAAUACAUUAUGGAUCUAACCGGCUGAAUUACUUCACGGUGUCGUCACCAAUAGCUACGCAGGUACCUCAUGCUGUUGGAGCUGCUUAUUCCCUUAAGAUGGACAAGAAACAUGCUUGUGCUGUCACUUAUUUUGGAGAUGGUGGCACUAGCGAGGGAGAUUUCCAUGCUGCAUUAAAUUUUGCUGCUGUAAUGGAGGUCCCAGUCAUCUUCUUCUGCCGUAACAAUGGUUGGGCCAUCAGUACUCCUACAGCAGAACAGUUUCGAAGUGAUGGUGCUGUGAUUCGUGGUCAAGCAUAUGGUAUUCGGAGUAUCCGUGUAGAUGGGAAUGAUGCUCUUGCUGUUUAUAGUGCAGUCCAUGCAGCCCGUGAGAUGGCCAUAAGGGAAAGCAGGCCUAUUUUAGUUGAGGCACUUACGUAUAGAGUGGGACAUCACUCCACAUCAGAUGACUCCACCAAGUACCGACCUGUCGAUGAGAUCGAACACUGGAGAACAGCACGAGAUCCUGUCUCCAGGUAUCGAAAAUGGAUUGAAAGAAAUGGCUGGUGGUGUGAUGAUGCUGAAUCUGAACUUAGAAGCAAUGUCAGGAAGGAGCUAUUGCAUGCGGUUCAGGUUGCAGAAAGAAUGGAUAAACCACCUCUUGCUGAGCUAUUCACAGAUGUUUAUGAUCAAGUUCCUUCCAACCUUCGUGAGCAAGAAAGGUUGCUUACAGAAUUGAUCAAGCAGCACCCUGGAGACUACCCACCUGAAGUACCUGUUUAGACAAGUUGCCGUUCAGCUGACAAACUCCGCCUGUUACAAUUAUGUAUUGCAUCAUUAUACCUUUUUCAUGAAAAUUGUAAUAACCAAGCCCUGCAUUUAGCUUGAGUGACAUUGAGGAACCAAACUUCUGCAUCUGAGGAGAGGAUUGCAUGGAAGCAUAAAUAAGAAGUCCAUGUUCUUAAUGCUUUGAAAUGGUGGUGCAACCUUCCCAGUCCUUAA